UGCGCAGCGUCGCCUCACUGCAGGUGAGUUACUGAAUUGUAACGACAUGUACAUAUAAACCUAUGGCUGAUUUUUCACCCGCAGUCAAUACUUGCCACCAGUUUGCGGCGCGCUACCAACUGAGAGCAAGGCUGCAGUUCAUGGAGCAUAUCUGGGUUCCUCCUCGUGGCAGGGGCAUCAAUAUUCAAUGCCCACUGCCCGCUGGAAUAUCACAAACCUACUGCUGUGCUUGUUAGGGUUCCUCGUCGUGGCGGGGGCGUUUCUUUGCCCACUGCCCGUUGGAACCUUGCAGGACUGCGGCUAUUGCUUCUACGGGUGUUGCGCUGUUGCAAUCACUUUCAACCUUCUAUUAACAUUGACGCUCACCACAGAGGAGUGGUGCAUUACGACUGGAAUUAGACCCUUUUCAUAACGAUCGAUUUGUAAACGAGAUUCUUCCUUACGGUU